AUGAGGAAGCUCAAGGCUCGCCUGGAAUUGAGUCCAGUAAAGGAUAUCAAAGACAACAUGAAGGGCUUCUACAGGUACAUCAGCAGCAAAAGGAAGAUUAAGGGAAAUGUAGGGCUGCUGCUGAAUCAGAGAGUGUCUCGUUGGAUGGAAGACACAGAGAAGGUGGACUUACUGAAUGCCUUCUUUGCCUCAGUCUUUACUGCAGAGGCCAACCCUCAGGAAUCCCAGACCUUGGAGAGAGGUUACAUAGCUCACGAAGUGUUGCCACAGAAACCUAAACCAUCUGAAAAGCUUGUCAAGAGACAUGAGAGUAUGGAUUUGACCUCCACUUACAAACAUGACUCCUAUGUCUUGAGUAGCUCCAUGCCUCUCCUGUGUGAUAAGACACAUCUUCAGUGCCAAGAUGCAUAUAAGAACUACUUAGAAAGGUCUGAGCAGUUCAUGAAGCAUGGGACUCUUUCUGUGUAUGCUGCAGAGUUUUUCCAGGAAUGUACAAGAGAUGGCCCUCCUGUAUUCACCAGAAAACCUGAUGUAUAUCUUCCUCCUCUGGAAAUAAUGGACCUUUACACCACUACUCAGAUAUAUUACAAGCACGCAAAUGGUAAGCCAGACAAGAUGUGUCAACCUUUGGCCCACGUUAAAAAAAUUACUGAGCCAUUCAUUAGCUCUUCUGUAAUGAAAGAAGCAUAUAAGCCUUGGCUGUGCAAGAAAUUAAAACCUGUCACUCAUGCUCUGGAGCUGACUUUCAGCAAAAAAAAAAUAUAUUUCUUGACUACUUUUCGGACCCAUCAUGCACCUCAUUUGCUCACAGUAUGCAUGGCCUGUUACAAAGACCCACCUGGUUACAUCUUUGAGGGAACUGAUGCUGCUGGUCACAGUCUCUAUAUCACUACACCCAAGACCACCUGUGAUUUUAUCUUUUUCCUGCCAAUUUAUGAGAAAACAAGCACUGAUAAAUGGGAACUUCGUCCUUGA